UAAGCUUUAGGUAUUAUAAAUAGCAGCGCAACAGCGCCACGCGGAUGGACGCGUUCAAGUUCUUCUGUGAAAAUGAAACUGAAAGAAGAGCUCUAGUGUCUUCACAGCACACAUCGUCGAUUUAACAUUACUUUCGUUUAGCUAUGUCUUCAGAUGAGGAUUUCUCUAUGGUGUUGCCGGGCGCACAGCCGUCCGAGGAAACCUUGGAGGGCAUCAUGGUUUUAAUCAACGAUUACAAGAAAAAAUACGAGCAGCUGAUCCAGGAGCAGGAGGAUAUGGUCACCAGCAGAGUCGGUCAGCGGGAGAUGACUGAGAAGUUCAAACAGCGCACCGUCAAACUGACCCAGAGUCUGAAGGAGGACCAGCGCUUGCAUCAAGAGAAGAUUGGAAUUGAAAAGGCUAAGGUGAAGUUGAUGAAGGAUGAGGAGUGUAAACUGAUGAAGGACAUCCUGAAAGUGGAGGAAGCACUGAAGGAGGAAGAAUCCGAAAACAAGCAUCUGACACAGCAGACAGAAGUGUUCACUGCUGUACCAGAGAGGAAGGUCGUAUUCAAAGGCUCGACAGGAAAAGGAGUCGACUCGCAAACCUUCGACAUGAAGCCACAUAUAGUUUACCCGAUGGAGGACGGGACGGCACUCAUUACAUUUGCGGAUGAAGUCGUGGCCACUAAGAUCCUGGAAUUGGAGAAGCAUCAGGUGGAUCUGGGAGCAGAGUUCAGCAUCACUGUGGAGGCCCGGCCAGUUAGGCUGAUGCUGCCCAGCCUGGUGGAGAUAGACUCUGAGGUGAGUCCUCUGCACAUAUUAGUCUCCAACCUGCCCAAAAUGGACAUAGAGAUGCUGCUGAGCAGGCUGGAGAACCACUUCUCUAAGACUAAACACGGAGGCGGAGAGGUGGAUGAUUGUGAAUGGCUGCCUGACUCUGGGACUGUGGUCAUCGCCUUCGUGAAGAAUAACUUUGCCAGAGGUUUGACAAAUACAGAGUACCAUGACGUGAAGCUGCAACACAAUAAGCAGAAGAUGGACAGAGUGAGGGUGACUCCCUUUCUCAACGGAAAGAUUACAAACCUAAAGACCAAGAUGUUGACGUGUCCUCGAACAGUGCUGCUGACGGGUAUCCCUACCAUCAUGGAGCGGGAGAACCUGCAGGAUCUGCUGGAAAUCUACUUCCAGAAAAUGAGCAACGGCGGAGGAGAGAUUGAAGCAAUCCUCUACAACCCGCUGGGUCAGCACACCUCGGCCCUGUUUGAGGGCGUCUCCACAGACGAAGAGCAGGAGUGAGAUAUGGCUUCAUCACUGCUGCUCUUAAAGAGAUUCAGCUUCAGGGUGAGAUGUAACGAACAGGAUCCACUCUCCAUUUUUUUUCUUCGAACGAAUCUAUGACUCCGGUCAGAAUUGUUGAUAUCAAUUCUGAGAAUUAUAAAACCUCCUCUCUAUUCAUACAUGAACAAAAUAUUUAAUCUGUUUUGGGUUUUUUUCUGAUUAGACAUCAAUGACGAUGAUAAAUCGAGUGCACUUAGAAUAACCUCAUUAAUCAACAAGGAAUCUAUACUUUCUUUUUAUACACAAGAAUGUAAACGGCUUGCUGUAACACUGUUGCUCAGUGAAUGAUGUGGUGUGACAUGAUGAAAUGACAGACCUGCAUGUAUAUAUUGUCUUUAGAAAUAAAAAAAUAUAACUCUUAUAUGAAAUAA